AUGCCAGGCAUUACGUUCCCGGCCGGCGCGAUGCAGAAGCAGCUGUUGCAGGAAGUCUAUGGUGAGGCGGGAGUUGACCCUGCGAAGGUCGCAUACGUAGAAGCUCACGGCACCGGCACUAAGGUCGGCGAUCCACAGGAGCUCAACGCUGUCACCGACGUCUUCUGCAAGGCUCGCCAGGGGGCGCUGCCGAUCGGCUCGGUGAAGUCCAACAUGGGGCACGCCGAGCCUGCUUCAGGUCUUGCUGCAAUGGCAAAGGUAAUACUAGCAAUGGAGGAGGGAGCUGUUCCUGGAAACCUGCAUUACAAUGAGCCAAAUCCAGACAUUCCCGGCCUGAUUAAUGGGAAGCUCCAAGUUGUGACUAGCUCUAUGCCACUUCCCAGGGGCAGCUUUAUUGGCAUUAAUUCAUUCGGGUUUGGUGGUGCCAAUGUCCAUGUGAUUCUAAAGGGUCCAAACAAUGUGAGACCACAAAUAAUGACCGAUGAGGGGCAGCUAGUCACGGUAGCAGGAAGGACACCAGAGGGCGUUGAAGGCAUACUGAGAGCAGCCGAGGAAAACUCACAUAACGCAGAGUUUCUCGCGUUGCUGGAUCGUGUAUAUGCCAGUCCCACCAGUCUGCAUCCGUACAGAGGUUACACGGUGCUUAACACUAGCAAGCAAAGCACCGAUGUGCAGCGUGUCAGCAGUGAGGCUCGUCCCGUUUGGUUCGUCUGCUCUGGCAUGGGCGUGCAGUGGCCGGGCAUGGCGCGCGACAUGAUGCGCGUGCCCGCCUUCAAGCAGACAAUGCUGCGGCUAGCUGACACGCUCACGGCUCACGGGGUCGACCUCUGUGACAUCAUAGCGUCAGGCGAGGAGAAGAUGCUGGAGAGCACACCUGUUGCCUUCGCCGCAAUAGCCGCCGCACAGGUGGCGCUGAUUGAUGUUUUGCGCUCUCUCGGCAUCUAUGGCGAUGGUUUCAUCGGUCACUCGGUCGGUGAGUUGGCCUGUGCCUAUGCAGAUGGAUGCCUGACUGCAGAACAGACCGUACUCUGUGCCUACUGGAGAGGAAAGUGCGUGAGCGAAGCCAAGCUACCGGCUGGCAAGAUGGCUGCCAUCGGCUUAACGUGGGAGGAGACGAGGCGUCGCUGUCCGGCUGACAUUGUCGCCGCAUGUCACAACUCUCGCGACAGUGUCACCAUCUCAGGACCGGCUGCGAGCGUUGACGUCUUCAUGGCUGAGCUGCGAGCAGACGACGUGUUCGUGAGAGAGGUGGCGAGCUCAGGCGUUGCCUUCCACUCUCACCAGAUGGCGCAGGUCGCUCCCAAACUGAAAGCUGCACUCGUUAAUGUGAUCAAACAUCCCAAGCGAAGGACUGCAAAGUGGAUCAGUACAUCUAUUCCAGAGAGCAGGUGGGAUUCAGCCCUGGCCCAGCUGUCGUCUGCUGAUUACCACGUCAACAACCUAGUGAGCCCAGUACUGUUUCAGGAGGGACUGACUCAUGUGCCGGACAACGCGAUCGUGAUUGAGGUUGCCUCGCACUGCUUACUACAGGCCAUAUUGAGACGGUCCCUUAACGAUGGGACGACGAUCAUUGGUCUGCAGAAUCGCAGGGAGGAAGACAACAUCAGGUUCUUCCUGGCCAGCAUUGGAAAGUGUUACGUGAGUGGAGUCAACCCGGCGACAUGCAAGCUGCGGCCGUCGGCACCGCACUUCCCCGUGUUGCAGGGAACAGCGAUGCUGGGUCCUCUCAUCUCGUGGGAUCACUCACAGACGUGGGCCGUGCCCACACAGGAUGAGUUCAUCGUCACCAACGGCAUGGGCGAAUGUAAGUUUGAGAUUGACCUCUCGGCGACCUCACCUGAUCUCUACUUGCUGGGUCACGCAAUCGAUGGGAGGGUGUUGUUCCCGGCGACCGGUUACCUGGUGCUGGUGUGGCGCGCGCUCGCCAAGAUGCGACGACAGUCGUACGAGAGCAUGGCCGUGGAGUUCAAUGACAUCGACAUCCAGAGGGCGACAGUGAUACACGCCGACGGCAAGGUGACGCUAGCUGUCAACAUCAUGCAGGCGACGGGCGACUUUCAGGUGACGGAAGGCGAGACGCUCGUCGCCAGGGGGCGCAUCACGGCGCACGCGAGUCUCGACAUACCCGAGCCGCUGAAGCUGAAAGGUCAUGGCGAGCCGCUGCCGCUAUGUGCCGAUGACGUGUACAAGGAGCUGCGCAUGUGCGGCUACGACUACAGCGGCGAGUUCCAGGCAAUCGUCGCGGCGUCUCUCGAUCUUUCAGAUGCGAAGGUCGCAUGGACGGGUAACUGGGUGCAAUUUGUUGACAACAUGAUGCAGCAGAUAGUGAGGAGCAUGUACACACGCACGUUCCGUCUGCCCACCCGCAUCCGACACAUCAAGAUCAAUCCGAUGCUGCAACGACAACGGCUGCAGAGCAGCGGCAAAACAACAGUGUUACACUCGCACGUCAAUCACGUGCUCAACAAGUGCACAGCAGGUGGCGUUGAGAUCACGGACCUGCACACGAGCCUCGCACCGCGGCGCCACCGUCACGAUUCGCCGACGCUGGAGCGGCACGUCUUUGUGCCGUACGUUAAAGAGUUGAGAGACGCAGCGCUGGACGGAUAUGUGAGCGCUUGCGAGGAGGUGUGUGGCCGCAUCGCCCGCGCUCUUGCCUCCACCGGUGGCGCCACCGUCCCCAACCCUUGCCUCCUCGCCAAGAUCCGUGAACGUACGCAGAACCAGUCGGACGCGGUCGACUCCGGAUUCCGUGACCCCGAGGUCGCCUAUGAUGUCGGUACACCGUCGAUGGCGGGCGCCUUUCCCUCCGCCGCCUCCUCCUCCCCUGCCCCUAUCUUCAGCUUUCUCACCAAUACUUGCAAGCGUAUGCGGUCGGACGUGGAAAACUCCUUGGAGAUGGUCAAGGUCGCAGCCCCGCCGGCAGAAUCCUACCCUGCAUUGUCACGCGCCGCUCUCCACUUGCUGAACAAGAUGGCGGAGAUUGUCGCUGCGGGGUCAGACGGGGUCGUUGACGCGCUGUGUGCGGCGGCGGGUGAGGCAGAGGGCGCGGACGCCCUCCACCAGGUGGCGUUCUCUGGGCGCAGCCUGAAAGUGUGCGUCGACGUCGCACUCGAGAACCUGCACACGGGGCUGUCGCGGGUCAAGGUCGUGGAGGUCGAGCCAGGCGAGCAGCGCCACCUAUCGGCGGAGGUCGCGGCGAUGAUGUGCACGCAGCCGACGGUAGAUGUGGAGCGGGUCGUCUGCCGUGCGCGACCGACCGUCACCGACGACGACGACGACACGGUAGCGUGGGACGUCGCCGCGGGCCCGCCGCCCGCCGCCGCUGCUGGCGCCUCCCUCCUCGUACUUGAUAACGUGUUGCACCGGAGCAGCAACCCGCGCGCGACCCUCGAGGGGGCGCUAGUGUGCGUCGGUGAGCACGGCUUCCUGCUCGUUGCCGAGCGGGCGCCGGACUUCCUGCCGGGAAUACUCCUCGAUGCGCUGACGUCACGGGAGGUGACGCUGCUCGCGGCUGACGCAUGGAGGGACUUGUUUGUAGAGGCUGGGCUGGAGGUGGUUGCUGUGAGGUCGCAUGCGCGCAUAGGAGCUCUGUUCCUGCUGAGGAGGCGGAGGAGGAGGAGGUCGGGGAAGGGAGAGGAGCCCCGUGUGGUGAGCGUGGAUGCACAGGACUUCAGCUGGGUGGACACGCUGAAGGAGGAGAUGAAGGUUGGAGAAUCAGGCUCCCGUAUCUGCCUAACAGCUAACGACCGUGCAAGUGGCAUUGUAGGAAUGGUCAACUGUUUACAAAGGGAGCCAGGUGGUGACAGAAUUAGGUGCGUGUUAGAUGAGGAAGGGAUGAUGGAGGUUGGAGGCAAGAGGUGGGAGGAGAUGUGCAGGAGAGACUUGGUCAUGAAUGUAUACAGAGAGGGACUGUGGGGUUCAUUCCGUCACCUGCCCUUCAACCAAGAUGAGGAUGGAACCAAGAUGGCCGAGCACGCGUACGUGAACGUGGCGACCCGUGGCGACCUCUCCAGCCUGCGCUGGUUUGAGUCUCCACUCAAGCACUGGGCGUCGAUGACUGACGACAAGCACAAGGAGCUGUGCUCUGUCAGCUACGCCUCGCUCAACUUCAGAGAUGUGAUGCUGGCAACCGGCAAGCUGCCACCGGAUGCCAUUCCAGGUAACAUGGCGCUGCAUGACUGUAUCCUCGGCAUGGAGUUCUCCGGUCACAGCAGCGAUGGAAGGAGGAUCAUGGGAUUGCUGCCAGCUAAAGGUCUGGCGACGACCGUCGACGCUGAUAUCAAAUUCACGUGGCCUGUGCCUGAGUCGUGGACGCUGAGAGAAGGCGCUACCGUGCCUGUGGUUUACGCGACAGCCUACUAUGCUCUUAUAGUAAGGGGCAAGCUGAGAAAAGGAGAACGGGUGCUGAUACACUCUGGCAGUGGGGGUGUGGGGCAGGCGGCCAUCUCGGUGGCGCUGCACCAUGGAUGCGAGGUGUUUACAACCGUCGGCUCGCAUCAGAAGAGAAACUAUCUGAAGCACAAGUUCCCACAGCUGCAGGACAAACACUUCAGCAAUUCACGCGAUGCUAGCUUCGAGCAGGAGAUCCUGAUCGCCACCAAGGGAAAGGGUGUUAACGUCGUGCUCAACUCGCUGGCAGAUGACAAGCUACAGGCGAGCGUGCGUCUCCUCGCGCAACAUGGCCGCUUCCUUGAGAUCGGCAAGUACGACAUGUCGAGCAACACGCCGCUAGGCAUGGCAGUCUUUCUACGUAACAUCGCCUUUCACGGCAUCCUCCUAGACGCCCUCUUCGAUCCCGACAAUGACGACUGGAUGCGCGUGCGCCACCUGGUGGCCGAGGGCAUCGCGAGCGGAGCAGUGCGCCCCCUGACGGCAACGGUGUUCGCGCGCGACAACGUGGAGGAGGCAUUCCGCUUCAUGGCACAAGGCAAGCACAUCGGCAAGGUGCUUGUACAGGAUGGUGUAACCAUGUGCCCACUAUCGAUGGAGAACAUCCGCCUGCUGACGAUGCGCUCCCUCGAGCGCAUCUCUCGCGGCGAGGCCGACAAGGACGAGGCGAGACAGGCAGAGGAGUCGAGACGCACUGAGGAGCGCGCGGAGGUCGAGGCGCUGAUACGAUACCGCUGGGACCUCGAUAAGCUGAUUCCAACGCAGUGUCUCGUAAGACUAAACGAGCACAUGGUUACACCAUCUGGAGGUACGGGGCAUUCGAGCAACCAAAACAGAUUACGGUACAACAAGCAUAUAUUGCGUUACCAGCAGUACAGAUUGGCGGAGUGGUGCAAUCUGGGUGUGAAGGUAGAGGUCAGCAAGAUGGACGCCAGCAUAGAGGCACAGGCGAGACAACUGAUUGACACGACCCAGCAGGUGGCGCCACUGGGCGGCAUCUUUCAUUUGGCAGCGGUGUUGAGGGAUGGACUGUUCGAGAACCAAACAGCAGAGACCUUCAGCGAGGUAAACAAAUCCAAGAUGGCGGCCGCAGUUAACCUUGACCUCGUGACCCGCGACACGUGCGCCACCUCGCUGGACUGGUUCGUAGUGUUCUCGUCUGUGAGCUGCGGCCGUGGCAACGCUGGACAGACGAACUAUGGUUACGCAAACUCAACGAUGGAGAGAAUCUGUGAGAGACGUCAGCGGGACGGCUUCCCUGCGCUCGCGAUCCAAUGGGGAGCGAUCGGUGACGUGGGGAUGGCGCGCAGCUUGGGAGGCAACGACACCGUCAUAGGUGGCACGCUGCCGCAGCGCAUUGCUUCCUGCAUGCAGACGAUGGAUGUGCUGCUCAACCAGCCGUUCGCCGUCGUCUCCAGCUUUGUGCUUGCAGAGAAGCGUGGCAGCGGUGGCGCGUCCACGCAGGACUCACAGGUCGACCUUAUCCACGCUGUCGCCAACGUCCUCGGAGUGAAGGACGUCGCGACGCUGAAUGCUGAGCUGACGCUGGGAGAGCUUGGUCUCGACUCGCUGAUGGGUGUCGAGGUGAAGCAGACGCUCGAGCGAGACUUCGACCUUUCAUUAGUUGCCGACCCUGCAAGAUUUGGCGGUAGCGAUGUCAUGUCCGGUGUAUGGACUACAGUGCACCGCAGAUGCACCACUCACAAGUGUGCAAAAUCUGGCAUCCUUUUACAUCCAAGUGGCUACUCAUUCGGCGCCUGCGUCGCCUUUGAGAUGGCACUACAGCUGCAGCAAGCGCAGCGCACCGUCGGCCAUCUUGUCCUGCUGGACGGCUCGCCAGUGGACAUUGGCGCUAUCGCAGGCAGGUACCGGGGGCGUGCACACAGAUAUGGUGUCGCCCACGAAGUGGAGUUCUUGUCGAGCGCAAUGUGCAGCUUCAUGAUGCUCUUCAUGACUGUCGACUUCAUAAAGGUGUUUAUACAUAAUUUCAAGAGUGCAUAA